CCUGAUUUUCAUGUAAAUUAACGUGCUCUAUCGCAACAGAUAUUUUUAUAAAGUCACGUUUAUUUAGCAGUAAUAUUUUGGACGUGUGAAAAAGUGUAAAAGCGCGCCGUUGUGUGGACUGGCGCUGCUAGCUUCGAUGAGCUAUCUCAGGUGAACCCACGUUUCCUUGUUGUGUUAGCCCAGUUCAGUUUGGUCCAUUUGUAAAGUGUAACUGAUGGAGUGUCCUCAUCUGAGCUGCUCCGUGGACUCAAGGCUUAAGUCGUACCCCUUACCCCCGGGCAGCCCGUCCUCCUGGAGCUGUGGAGUGUGCAGAUCUGACCAAAACUCAUGGAUCUGUCUAACCUGUCUGCAAGUCCACUGUGGAAGAUACGUGAACGCACAUGCAGUGAAACACUAUGAGGACAGUUCCAGCUCCAGUCACAACGACGGCGAGAAACUGGAGGAGAAAGGCCAGCACUGUGUUUGUAUGAACUGCAGCAACUACAGCAUCUUCUGUUACAGAUGUGAUGAGUUUGUUGUCAAUGACACAGCUCUGGGACAAGUGCAGAAGGUCAGAGAACAUUUACAGAAUUUAGAAAAUGUUUUAGGUGAGAGAAAACGUAAACUUGAAGAAAGUUCUGGUCCCAAUAGCAAAAUACUGAAAACAAAUGAUGGGACUUUGGCAGCAACGGGUUUGAGGAAUCUUGGGAACACAUGCUUCAUGAAUGCUGUCCUUCAGUCUCUCAGUAAUAUCAAACAGUUCAGUUGUUUCUUCAAGGCUCUGCCACCAGCCGCUCAGCUCAGCGGUAAAGCAGCAGGAAGGAUGUACUACACCCGCAGCCAGGGGGACUCCACUGUAUCUUUGGUGGAGGAGGUCAGAAAAACCCUUUGCUCGCUGUGGCAGGGAAACCAGACGGCAUACAGUCCAGACUCUUUGUUCUACACUAUCUGGAAGCUCAUGCCAAGCUUCAGGGGCUAUCAGCAGCAGGACGCACACGAGUUUAUGCGAUACCUCCUGGACCUGCUCCACAGAGAGCUGCUCCACAGAGAGCCACUCCACAGAGAGCCACUCCACAGAGAGCUGCAGAGACACAAUGGAGAUGUUCAUCAGUCUGAGGACGAGGCCCCACAGGACAAAGGCUGUGUAAAUGGCAAUGUCAGUGUCGUCACGAGUCUCUUUGGGGGCGUUCUUCAGAAUGAAGUCAACUGUUUGAUUUGUGGGACAGAAUCUCGCAAGUUUGACCCAUUUCUUGAUCUGUCUCUAGACAUCCCCCAUCAGUUCAGGCAGAAGAAGAGUAAGGACCAAGAGCCUGGACCCCCCUGUACUCUGUAUGACUGUUUACAGAGCUUCACUGAUUUAGAGGAACUUGAUGAGACUGAACUGUACUAUUGCCUCAGGUGUAAGAAACGCCAGAAAUCAACUAAGAAGUUCUGGAUCAAGAAGCUGCCCAAAGUUCUGUGUUUGCAUCUGAAGCGGUUCCACUGGACAACCUUCAUGAGGAAUAAGGUUGACACUUAUGUGAAGUUUCCUCUGAGGAAUCUGGACCUGAGACAAUACCUGCUGGAGCCAGAGGCCACAGAGCCCGACAGCUGUUUCUAUGACCUGGCAGCAGUCUCAGUGCAUCAUGGGUCUGGAGUCGGCUCGGGGCAUUACACGGCAUAUGGCUGUCACAAGGGUCAUUGGUACCACUUCAACGAUGGCACUGUGACUCUGACCAAUGAGGAGGCAGUGACCAAAGCCAAGGCAUACAUCCUGUUUUACGAGUGGACAAGACUACCGGGAAGAGGCGUGUCUACAGAGGAGGGGGAAGGCGGCUCUGAGCACUCUCUCAAACCCACACCAGCUGAAGCCACACCUGUCUCGGGGCAGUCUGUCAAAGCUCAGGGAGACACGCUUAACACCACAGCUGUCACGGGGGAACAUCCCCCAGAAAAUAUGAGCCCCUCACUGCACUCUGUAUGACACCCUCACAGGACAUAGUUUUUUUUUUACAUUAUUCUGUAUUUUAGAAAAAGCACUGGAUUUUAAUUCUUUUUCAUUAUUGUUCAUUUCCGAACUAGAUUAUGAAGUAUAUUGUUUAAAAUUAAGCCGUAACUCUGGGAUGUUGCCCCCAGGCCUUAUUGGAAUAAAAUAACGCUGAAUUUUAAUUAAAGUUCCCCUUGGAUAAAUGAGUUUAUUGUUUUUGAUGAGAUUUGAAGAAACAUGCAAACUAACAAUCAAUAUCACAACAAGCUUCAAAACAGGACUGCAGUGGUUCCCAACUGUUUUUGUCUCACACUGUAGUCCUCCUUAAAGGUCCGAAAUGACACAAAACUUGUGAACGAUGUUCUAAUGCUGUUUCCUCCUCAACAUACCUGGAGUUGUGUUUUGUUUCAUUCGCACAUACUUAAAUAACACUUUAUUAUUAGUCUGUCUACAUCUCCAAAGCUCCAAAUGCUCUGUUCCACCUUGUCAUCACAAGGUGAAACAGAGCAUGAAGUGGUGGUUUUCAAGUUAACAGCUCCUUUACCUUUAGUUCAGUAGAGAUUGGCAAUUCCUGGGCUGAAAUGAUGCAAAUGAUUCUAUUGAAGGUGUUUGGAGUUUUAACAACAUAGUGGAGCACUUCCUG